AUGGAAGCUCUUUUGUCUCUUGCCUUCGACAACCUUUCAUCCUAUGACGGACCCAAGGUUCGAAAAGGCCUGCGUCAAGUAGAAGGCUUGUUGGCUCAGAUUUGCUUGUCGGAUGAGAGAGCGGCGCAACGGCAGUCAAAACCUCUUGUGGACGACGACGGAGGCACGCCAGUGAGCCCGCUGAGAAAGGAUCUUGCGCAGCUGUCCAAAGAUCCGGCUUUUCGCGAAUUCUUCAAGCUGCAGGAAGGAUUCGAGUGGAAUGUUGCCAUGCGGCUUAUCGGAACCCUUGACCGAUUGAUGGCCAAGGGAAGUGACGGGCAGAACGAUUUGCUCAUCCUGAGCGCGUUGGACUUGAUUCAAGGUGUUUUGCUGCUCCAUCCGCCUAGCAAAUCCUUGUUCUCCAGGGAGCAGAACAUGAAUCUUCUACUCGACUUGCUGGAACCCUUCAACUGCCCUGCAAUCCAGUCGGCCACUCUGCUGACUCUAGUGGUCGCCCUCAUCGAUACGCCCACCAACACACGAACUUUUGAAGGUCUCGAUGGUCUCUUGACAGUCACCUCGCUGUUCAAAUCGCGAACCACUUCGCGUGAGGUUAAGCUCAAGCUGAUCGAGUUCCUCUACUGCUACCUGAUGCCCGAAUCGCCAUCGAUACCAAGAGCCGACCAACGAGACUCUGUUCCGGCCAUGCUUCAGCGAAGCCCUAGCAAACUGGCUGGAGCAUUUAAUGCCGAAAAGGGCCGCAAGCAUACCAACAGCUCAGGCCUGGAGACUCUGUCAACUCAGGAAAAGCAGGAACUUCUCAGUCGACACCUCAGCAAUGUCGAGGAUCUUGUUAAGGACCUGAAGAAUUGCGCUCCUUUUGGCGGAGCCAUUUGCUAG